AGUCCACCACCAUUUUCACCCUAUAACCAUUCUCUUCUUCUCUUCUCUUCUCUUCCUCCCCUCUCAAAAAUUUCUUCAUGGAUAUCACUUGUAACAAUGAAGAAACAACUCCAAUACUACCCACAUUAUCAAGAAAAGAUAAGCGAAUGACACAAAAAGUGUCUAAAAGGCAAAAAAGAAGGAGAGAAAGUGGCUAUAUUGUUAAUAGUAAUAAUGAGAAAAAUGAAGUAGAAGAAGAAGGUGAUGAUGAUGAGAAGGCUGAAGUGGAAGAGAAGAUAUUGGCAUUGCAAAAAAUAGUACCAGGAGGUGAAUCACUUGGAGUUGAUAUGUUAUUUGAAGAAACUGCUGGCUAUAUUUUGCAAUUACAAUGUCAAGUUAAAGCACUCAAAGUUCUUGCUAGCUUUGUUGAAGGUACUGAGAAGGCAAAGAUGAAACUUGGAGGUUAAAAUUGUAGUUUUAUUUCUUUCUUUAGUUUUGGUACAUUUUGGUUAUUAAUCAAAGGCCAAGUUAGCUUCU